AUGGAGGCGACAGCUGGCCAACAUGAUGCGAGGAGAAGGAGAGAGAGGGAGAAGAAGAAGAAGAAGAAGAAGAAGAAGAAGAAGAAGAAGAAGAAGAAGAAGAAGAAGAAGAAGAAAAAGAAGAAGAAAAGGAAGCUUGAGAGAAGAGAUGAGAAAAGCAAGGGAACGAAAAGAAAGGCAAAGAAAGGGAAAAGAAAAGGGAGAUCUUGA